AUGUCCGCAAAGUCGACAACACCCGCAGCCACAGCGCAGGAGAUUGCGCAGCAUGGCUGGACAGCGAUAGCUGUUGAUAGUGAAGCCAUCUUCAAGGGCAAGGACUAUCUGCACAGACCAGACACUGUCAGCAUGGAGGAGAUGCCCUUCCCACACAACGAUCCCAUUGUCCAAAAGGUCUACCAACAUGUUAAGGAGAAACUUCCGACCCUAGUGUUCAACCACUCGAUGCGAGUCUACCACUUUAGCAUAGUCAUUCUGAAAUACCAGUUUCCCGAGUUUGCCCAGGACCUUUCACACAGCACCAUCGCCCUUGCCGCACUUCUGCACGACAUUGGCACCGUCGACGAGUUCAUCACGUCGACUCUGCUGUCAUUUGAGUGGUGGGGAGGCUACCACAGCCUGCGACUUCUCGAGCAGCACGGCGCGAGCUCGCAGCAGGCCGAGGCAGUAGCCGAAGCCAUCAUCAGACAUCAAGACAUUGGCACCGAAGGCACAAUUACGUUCCUUGGCCAGCUGCUCCAGCUCUCCACAAUCUACGACAACGUGGGAUUUCGCCCCGAGCUCGUUGACCAGACCACGCGGAGCGCUGUGGUUUCGGCCUUCCCACGAACUGUUGCCGGUGCGGACGGGGCGCAUGAGACUUGGAGCCACUGCUUCGCGUCCACCAUCCGAAAGGAAAAUGGUCUGAAGCCAUGGGCUCAUACUACUCACUUGGGAGAGUCCGCCUUCCCCGAAGGCGUACUGGCCAAUGGAGAGAAAGGCUUAAUGAGCGAGUACGAGAAGUAA